CGUUUACUGCCUGCUGCUUUCCUAGUCCUCGGCCUCCUCGCUCCUCCUCCCUGAGUCCCGACCCGGGUUUGGAGGCGAUUCCCCUCUAGUGACUGAGCUGGUUGCAUCUCCUGGCCAACGGCGCUUCGCCUCCCUCGCUCCUUUGUCUUCUCCUGCGAGGCUCCGGGGCCGAGCGCAGGGUCUGCAGAGGCCGCCGCAGCAGCGGUAGCCCAGCCGGGCCCUGCGCUGCCGCCCGGGCCGCACCCUCGCUCGGCGGAGGUGCCGGAGGACGCCAGCCGAGCCACGCACAGCCCGCGUCCCGCGCUCCAGUCGCCGCGCACCAACGCUGCGGCCGCCGCGGCCGCAGACAAGCCCUCCCUCCCGGCUGGUCCCGGCAGAGGUGGGCAGCUCGCCGGGCAGCCGGCUGAAGAGAACGGCCGCAGCAGCCCCGGCAGCACGCACACCCCCAGGCACACGCAUCCAACGCCUUGUCCCUGCGCCACGAGGAUGAAGCAGCCACCCCGGACCGGGCUGGCGCAAGGUGCCCAAGCAAGGACAGGAAUAAUGAAGAGACCCUUGUGUUAGUUGCAGCCUCUUGAACCACUCAACAAGGACAUCAACAGUGUGGACAGGUCGGAACCGUUGCCAUGCUUGCCAGUCAGAGCAAAUGAGGAAUGGGAUUGUGAUUAUGCUGACAUUCCAGCAUGAAUCUGGUAGACCUGUGGUUGACCCGUUCCCUCUCCAUGUGUCUCCUCCUACAAAGUUUUGUUCUUAUGAUACUGUGCUUUCAUUCUGCCAGUAUGUGUCCCAAGGGCUGUCUUUGUUCUUCCUCUGGGGGUUUAAAUGUCACCUGUAGCAAUGCAAAUCUCAAGGAAAUACCUAGAGAUCUUCCUCCCGAAACAGUUUUAUUGUAUCUGGACUCCAAUCAGAUCACUUCUAUCCCCAAUGAGAUUUUUAAGGACCUUCAUCAACUAAGAGUUCUCAACUUGUCCAAAAAUGGCAUUGAGUUUAUCGAUGAGCAUGCCUUCAAAGGAGUAGCGGAAACCUUGCAGACUCUGGACUUGUCCGACAACCGGAUUCAAAGUGUGCACAAAAAUGCCUUCAAUAACCUGAAGGCCAGGGCCAGAAUUGCCAACAACCCCUGGCACUGCGACUGUACUCUACAGCAAGUUCUGAGGAGCAUGGCGUCCAACCAUGAGACAGCACACAACGUGAUCUGUAAGACUUCUGUGUUGGACGAACACGCUGGGAGACCCUUCCUCAAUGCUGCCAAUGAUGCUGACCUUUGUAACCUCCCCAAAAAAACCACCGAUUAUGCCAUGCUUGUCACCAUGUUUGGCUGGUUCACCAUGGUGAUCUCCUAUGUGGUGUAUUACGUGAGGCAAAAUCAGGAGGAUGCCCGGAGACAUCUCGAAUACUUGAAAUCCCUGCCAAGCAGGCAAAAGAAAGCAGAUGAGCCCGAUGACAUCAGCACUGUGGUAUAGCAUCCGAACUGACUGGCAUUGAGAAAGAAAUGUGUUGCAUUUGAAGUAGAAUAAGUGGUUUACUUCCCCCUUCCAUUGUUAACAUUUAAAACUUUGUAUCUCAAGUUUCUUUUGAAUUAUGCCACUGUUGAACUUUUAACAACCAUGACAACAUAACAAAUAAUUUUAGUUUAGGUGACCCACCCCUUAACUGUACCCCCCAUGGUAUAUUCCUGAAUAAGCUACUAUCUGAACAUUAGUUUAGAUCCAUCUUACUAUUUAAUAAUGAAAUUUAUUUUUUUAAUUUAAAACCAAAUAAAAGCUUAACUUUGAACCAUG